AUGGACCUCGAGAAAUUGGAGAUCACCGCCGUGGAGUGGAAGCCAGAGAGGAAAGAGUGGAUUAUAAUGAUUAGUCUUUCGAUUAUCUCGCUCAUGGUGGCUUUAGACGCCACCAUCCUGGUCACUGUCCUUCCACAAAUCACACAGUCCUUGAACGGUACGGCCAUCGACGCAUUCUGGACGGGAACCUCAUACCUCCUGUCCAGUGCAGUGUUCCAGCCAAUCAUCGCUUCCGUUUCUGAGUUCUUCGGCCGUCAACAACUUCUUCUACUGUCGCUCGCGUUCUUCACCGUCGGAACGGUACUUUGUGCUGUCGCAAAUGACUUUACAGUCAUGCUCGUCGGUCGAAGCAUCCAAGGUGUCGGCGGUGGAGGCAUCAUUACCCUCAGCCAAGUCAUCUUCUGUGACAUCGUGCCCUUGAGAUUCCGCCCAAAGUACUUCGCCAUAGUCUUGGGUGCUUGGGCCGUAGGCACCAUCAUCGGACCGGUCGUCGGGGGUGCCUUCGUUCAGCACGCGACAUGGCGUUGGUGCUUCUAUAUCAACUUUCCCUUUUGUUUCCUCGGAUUGGUGCUCGCUUUCGUCUUUAUCAGGCUCAACGCAGUAGCCAAGCUCACCCUCGCCCAGAAGCUCAGGCAGACGGACUGGGUCGGCGCAGGGGUGUUCCUAGGGAGCACUACCAUCUUCCUCAUUGGCCUCUCUUGGGGUGGAAUUCAGUAUGCCUGGACCUCGGUGCAGACGCUCGCUCCUAUCAUCAUAGGGUUGGCCGGUGUUGCUGCCUUCGUUGCAUGGCAGCUGUGGAUCCGUCCACGAAGCCUGAUAUCCAUGUCCAUCUUCUACUGUCUAUCGGCCAUUGCUGCGUUCUACUGCGCACUAGUGAACGGUAUAGUCCUCUUGUCCGCACUAUACUACGUGCCCUUCUAUUGCAUGUCGGUCCGAGGCUCGUCGCCGAUCCGCGCAGGAGUCGAACUCUUCCCCGCCGUCUUCCUACUGUUGCCAGGCUCGAUUGUAGUUGCGGCGUUGACCACCCGCCUCGGUUCCUUCCGCUGGGCUAUAUGGAUGGGAUGGGUACUCGUCACACUCGGCUGUGGGUUGUUGAUCCUGAUCGAUUUGCAUACCAAAUAUGUGGUGCUUGCGGUCGCUCUUGGAAUAAUGGGUGUCGGCUUCGGUCAAGUUCUCACGAGUGUGAAUGUCGGCAUUCAGGCAAUUAGCAAGGUCGAUGAUGCUGCUAUGUCGGCUUGCAUGUACGCCUUCAUGCGCAGCCUAGGCAUGCCGUUAGGUGUGGCCAUCAGCGGAACCGCCUUCACCAACUCAAUGUCCAGCAAGCUUUCUUCCUAUGGACUUCCGACGGAGAUUGCGCACGACUCAGAGCGAUACAUCUACGUCCUACGCACCAUGGCGACCGAUGACGCCCGAAGGACGGCCCUUCUAGAGUCAUAUAUGCACGGCUUCCGUACCGUGUUCAUCUUGAUCACAGCUCUUUCUGCCAGCGCGCUCGCAGUGUCGCUACUCAUAAAGCAUUUCAGCAUGAACAAGAAGCUGCAGGCGAGAUAUUCGGUCCGACCUCAGUCGUGCAGUGCGCAUUAG